AUGAAUUACCAUAAGUACUUUGCUCCUCUGUGUUUUCGAAAUCCUGGUUUUAAAUCCAAAUCCUUAUUCGGAGGACGUUACCUCAUCAAAGAGGCUGUGACACGUUGGUAUAAUAGACCUCAUUUAUCCUUAUUAACAGGAAGAUUGAAUACUUCUGACUCCAAAAAAAGCGAAGGGAAUGUUUCAAACCCAGAUAUGUCCAAGAACCUUCCAGAUGAUGUAAAUCCUGAAAGCGGUGAGAGAGGAGGACCUUGUGGCCCAGAGCCAACGCGAUAUGGGGAUUGGGAACGUAAAGGACGUUGUAUCGACUUUUAA